AUGAUAAAUUUCCAGGCUGAUGAGAGCGCAUUUAACCAGCGAUGCUUUCUUAAUCCGCCUUAUAUGGUUAAGCCAGUGACUGAAGUCGCUCUUCCUCAGGGUGCAAGUGUGAUAGAGCAGCAACUGCAGAAAGCACGAGGCCCCCGUGUUACGCUUGAAACGCCUGCUGCGGCGAACCAUAACGGUUCACAUAAUAAUUCAGCAGAUAAAGAGCCAGCAAGCACUGCCCCCACAUUUGUGACUUUUGAGGCGGCCCAGACUGUUUCCAAUCCGCCCAAAGUGAAGUCUAUGCAGCCCGAGAAUCUGGGGCAAGAGGACGCCGCAGAUAUCUUUAUGGAUGUAUUCCAGAGCGCAGCAGAGUCUCUGAAUCCGGUCGCCCACAUUGAGAGGCCACUUAUAGAUGAGCCCUUUGCAAACCUCAUUCCUGCAAAUGUUGAGCAAAAUAAGCGAGGGGCGAACCCAUAUAACAGCCGUACAAAUGCAUCCGUAAACUAUGAAACGCUUCGGCCACGCGGACUUGUCAACUCCCUUUCCAAGCUUAUCUUUGUUCGCACUGGCAAUCUACGGACGAUGUCUGACACCGACUUCAAGCUUUAUGUAGCUAACUUGGGAGGCACGGUAACUACGGCUGUCAGUGGGCGGACAAGUUACCUAGUCGUCGGAGAUGAUCCUGGUGUAACAAAAAUUAGGGACGCAAAGGCCAAAUUUGUACGUAUUAUUUCAGAAAAGGAGUUUUAUGAUCUUGUUGUGAAGAAGAGCGGCGUUCCCGAUUGGGUACCUUGGGUAUCCUUCACUGAGAGCCUCCAACCUCUUACUACAGACGAACUUGCAGAUGUUAUUGCAGAGCACAAUAAGCAGUACGAGUCUUCUGGUCAGGGCGGAGCAGGAGAAGAGCUGGUUGCCUUAGGAGCUAUAGCAAGUUCUUCUAUUGGUGAUUCCGCCACCUCUACUGUAAAAGCAGAAAACUUUGACCAGCCUGAAAAGAAAACUACUGGUGUUCAGGGAUCCACGGCUAGCAGAGAAGAGCAUGAAAAGCAUAAAGAGCUUGUCCGCUUCCAAACACCUAUGUCUGAACUAGAUUGGUUGAUGAAGCAUACACCUACUCGCAUUUCUGCGGUUGUUGGGAACAAUAUAAUGAUCAAUCAGCUUAGGCUUUGGCUUACAGACUGGGCGGAUGUCUUCAUAAACAAAGUGCCGGUGGAGUCUGUCCUCUCUUCAGAAGGGUAUGCGAGGUACAACAAGGGCAUGGGAGAACGCUUUCAGUUCAAGGCAGCUCUGGUUUCGGGGCCUUCGGGUAUUGGAAAGACCCUCGCCGUUAAUCUUAUCGUCAAGGAGAGUAGCUACUCUCCUUAUUACCUGAGUGUCGCCGAGCAGCGCAGCAAGCUUUCACUCCAGGAGGCGCUAUCCGAUGUCUUUGAGAGCUGUGGGAUCAUUAGGUUCUUAGGCGGGGCACAGAGGUUGAGCAGGUCGACAAGCAACGAUAGUAAGACAGGCCUAUGCUUAAUAAUCGACGAGUGUGAGAGUAUGGACGCUGGAGGUGCUAGUUACUUGCUCUCAGUAAUGAACAAGGAGUCUAACCGUGUCCCCAUAAUCUUUAUCUGUAACAAUGCGCACGACCAGAAGCUGAAGACCCUACGUAGCAAAUGUGCACUGUUCCCCUUUGAGCGACCUCAGAAGGACAUGAUCGGGAAGUUUCUUUUGUCUGUUGCCGAAGCAGAGAACGUGUCUCUCCAAUCUGGUCAUGCAAGUCUUAUUGCAGAGCGUGUGCGCAGUGACGUCCGCUAUGCCAUCAAUGAGCUGCAGUUCAGGACAGCAGGUAGCAAAGAUUCGUCAUACUCAGCGAAAGCGUUGUCGUCACUUCAUAUUGUCACGGCAGCACCAACGAUGUUUGAAACCUGGAAUCUCAUUCUCGACUACCGCGUGCUCAAGCAGUGGGUUGCCAACACAAAGCAGGAUGGCUGCUAUCGAUCUCUUAUAACGCUCCACAUGGGAGACCCUUCUUUGAAUACUGCGGGGAUAUUCCAGAACUAUCGCACGAAGACAGCCGGGCUCUUGAGCUACACCUCUGUCCUGUCCGACUUGCUAUCCACGAGCGAGACCAUGCUGGCUAGGAUGAUGUCUGUUGGUGACUGGUCGUGUAGCCGCGAUCAGGCCGUGUUUUCUGCUGUACUGCCGAACCUCAUACUUUCUACCCUUGAUCUCACAGGAACAGGAAGCUUUGGAACCUUUCGCCAAAAUACUUUCCCAGGAAUGGUGUUGAAUGCAGUGAGUUCUGCUAAGUCGGCAGCUGCAAAGGUGGACGAGUUUUGGACAAGGUCGGCUAGGCUAGGCACCUCGGGGAGGGGCAGUAUACUAGCGUCAAACAUGCCCAUGUUUGCGUCUUUAAUUGCUAAUGGAUGGGAGCUUUGUGGAGACGCUCUUUUGCAACAUAUGAAAAAAGGAAGAGAGCUCGCUCCAGAUGAAGACUGCUUUGCUUCUCUGCUAACGGACACAUUUAGCGGCGUUUCUAUGGAUACGUGGAAAGAGUUCAAAGAGAUUCAGGAGAUACCUCUCGUCAGUGGGAAGUCGCAGACAGCCCUCACCAGCUACCUUCAAGGCAUUAUGGACUACGACUAUCGGUCUAUAGCGCCUUCCUCUAAAAAGAAUCCUCGUGCCCGAAAAGUAAAGCAGUAG